GUCAAUGUCAAAAUGAGAAAAUUUGUGAGUGAAAAUAUGGACAAUGCUUGGGUUAUUUAAGUCGAUUAAGCUGUGAAUUAAUGAAGAAUUUUAUAACAAAGUAGCACAUUUUUACUUUAUUUGUGUAUAUAAUUGUGCUUUUCAAGUAAUUCACAUCAACGAAGGUAAAUUUAUCUUCUUAUGUUGUGAGGUUAUUUUGAAUACCAACUUAAUAUCACCAUGCUUACGCCGCGAUUCAAACUAACUCAGGACGAUAAUAAUGUUUAUAUCAGCGUUCACGCGCCCUAUACCAAUAUUGGCGAUACUGAAAUUGAUGUAGAUGGAGAAAAUUUCCUGUUUGUGUCUAGUCCAUACUUCUUGAGGCUGCAUUUACCGGGGCGAAUUCUCGACAAUGAUCGCUCAAAAGGCUCGUAUGUAUGCGAUUCUGGAGAUUUUAACCUCACAUUUGUUAAGGAAACUCCAGGCGAGUAUUUCGAAAACUUGGAUAUGAUAACCAGCCUUCUAGCCCCUCGGGAUAUACCAGACAUCAACCCCAGUUUAGUUGAGAUGCUCGAAGAAGAUGGAAUAACCUUCGAUGAAAACGAAAACCAUGAAUCAACUGAUUCUUUUGGCUAUGGCUUUGCUAAUAAAUUGACGACACAAUUUCAUGGCAUUGGUAAUGAAUUUCCUCAGAUAUUUGAAUUAAGAAUGCCAGAGCAGGUCUCUGUGGAUGAGCGAAAUAAGUUGAGAAAGGAGUAUGAAGACAACAAGUUUUCAUCAGAUCAUUAUUUAGCAGAUUUUUUUGAUGAUGAACUUAUAAGUCCAUAUGUGUCAUCUGAGCCAUUUUGGGAUUCUUCUGGCUUUAAUGUGGAAUCAGAUUUCAGUGAGGAUGAAGUUGGAGUAUUGAAAGAAUUGCCAAAUAAGAAUUUCUUGUUGAAUAAUAAAGAGUACAACCAAGUUUUGUUUGGGUUAGUGGAUAUUCUGUAUGGGUAUUGCUAUGAUAAGAGAACAACUUUGAAUGAUAGUACUGUAGAGUCUAGCUGGACCAUUAAUAAGUUAUCAUCAACACUGAGUUGGUUUUGUGUCUUCAAUGACGUAAGAGAAACACUAGUAGCUUGUUACAGGAGGGCAUUGAUAUAUCCAAUUUUCAGAAACUUUGAACUGUGCAACAAAGUGAAAAAUGAUCUUGUAUCAUUGUUUCGUAAAGGCAAGAAGUUUAUAAUUAAAAGUUUAAUAGAAAUACAUCAAAUGUUUAAUUCAAGUAACGACGCACGAUAUAUCCUUAACCAAUUAUAUAUAAAAGAUUAUUUAAUAUUUCUACAGAAAUGCAGAAGUGACGAGUUAGAUGAAUUGUGCAAUAAUAUAGCCAAUUUGGAAAUUGCAAAGAAUGAUCUUGACCUAGAAUUGGAGGAAUUAGAAUCUGCAGCUGAAAUGGUGCAGCAGGACGAAAUAGAGAUAAUGGAGAAUAAAAUGGCAUUAAAAAUGGCAUCUAUGUCGCUUUUACCAAAGAGGAAUAAUGCGUAUGUGGAAGAGAGUCAUGAAACUUCAGAUUCAAGUAGGUCUUCAGAUUGUUCGGAUUCUAGUUCCGAUACAAGUAGUGAUUCAAGUUGUGAAGAUGACUCUUCAGAUGAAUUGGAUUCGGAUGAUGAUCCGUUAUAACAGUAUGAUAGCUUUUAGUAUUCAAGUAAAGGCCUGUAAAUGAGAAGUGGCUUUGAUUUUAUUUUAUUACUGUUUACAAAGGAGCACUAUGUACUCGUAGUGGUACCAAAAGCAAUUAGGUUUAUAUUUUUUUAGGUUGGUUCUGAUGGUCAUGCAAUUUUGACACAUCUUCAUGUAGAAAAAUACAUUUUAAAUUAAUUAAUAGCCAUUAGACGAUAAAGCAAAAAGAAAUACCAGAUAUAAUGUUAUGAACCAACCAUAAUUUAUUUCAUAAAUGUAUUUGCAACAAAAAGACCUAUCUAAUCUAUCAAGAUUGAUAUCCUUUAUUUCAGUAAGUACCUAAAGAAAUUGGGCUGUAAAUGCUUGCUUCAGCUUGCAGCUUGCUAAUUUAGUGUUGUAUGGUAAUAACAAGCAUUAAAAUCUUACUAAAUAACUUCAUUAUCAGGAGUAUCAAAGAUUCUAAUGCAACCACUUCUCAAAUGGCCUUUAUAGUUAUAUGCAGGCUGUAUAUUAUCACAGCAGCUGAUAAAUUUAACAUUUAUUAGUUUACAAUAAAAUAGGCUAUUAUUAACCUAAUUUAAAUGUGCUGUUAUAAAAUUAAUAAAAAAUCGAGCAAAUGCAUUGUAAAAGAUAUUCAGAAAUCCAGUUUACAUUUGCAAUAGUUUUUAACUAACUUGUAGAAAUUUACCUUAUACAUACAUAUAAUAACGUCUAUAUCCUUUGCGGGGUAGACAGAGCCAACAGUCUUGUAAUGACUAAUAGGCUACGUUCAGCUGUUUGGCUUUAAGAUGGAAUUGAGAUUCAAAUAGUUACAGGUUGCUGCUAGCCCAUCGCCUAAAAGAAGAAUCCCAAGUUUGUAGGCCUAUCCCUUAGUCGUCUUUUACGACAUCCAUGGUAAAGAGAUGGUGUGGUCCUAUUCUUUUUUUUAUUUGUGCCGGGAACCACACGGCGAAUUUGCCUUAUCUAUUGAUAUAUUAAGGAAUAUACAAAUCAAACCCUACCCUAUUUACUUCUUAGUAGAUGAAGUUUACUGGUCCAUAUCUUAUCCAUAUAAUCUCAUGCUUUGUUUAUGAUAUUGCAUAGCCACAUCAGAAAACUGACCUACUAUGAGGCUAGCUCAAUCUGUGUGAUUGCAAAUCAUGGUAGCAGACUUCUAUAUACUUAUAAUCUGUUAACAUACAAAGAUUUUAUGUAUUCUUAGUAAGUAAGUCAUAAAUGUUGUGAUAAGUAUGAUUUGUUUAAGAGAAAGACUGAAUAGCCUUUAUGUUUAAUAUAAUGAUAUGCAUUUUUUCAAUCUUAAUCACAUUAUGUAUAUUUAACCCUAUUUUUCCUGUAAAAGUGUAGGCUGUUACGAUUACAGGAAUUGAUAAUGAUAAUAUAUAUUUUAUACUCUUAAAAUCAAAAUGAUUUCUGUUAUGUACAUUUA